AUGGAAAUCGCGGUCGCGGUGGUCGCGGUGGUGACCGUGACCGUGGCAGACGCGGUGGCUGGAGACCCAGAAGAGGAGCCAGACGCGUUGCGAUCGAAUGGCAACAGAGGCUUCAGCGCCGCCGCUACCGUCACGGUCAGCAGUACAGGCACCAGAACAGCAGCUACCAAGACCACCAUCACCAAGACCACCAUCACCAGCAACACCACCACCAGCAACACCACCACCAGCAGGCCCAACAGCAAGCGCAGGAGCAUUCGGAGCUGCAAGAACAGCAGGAGCAGCAGCAGAGACAGGAAGGACAGUAGAAAGGACAUCCGGGGAUACGUGUUCUCGGUUGAAGAGCCAUAG